AUUGCCGUUGCGAGGCAGAAAAGCUCUCUCUCUCUCUCCACCCUCGCUGAGCACGGCACGGCGGCGCACUAUUUUAGGCCGCCACCAUCUCUCACGAAACGGAACGGGAGGUAUCUUAAGCUCCAAUUCAUUGGCGCGCGAGAGGGCGCACUGCACCUUGCUUAGAAACCACUUGAUCGCAGCCUCUCCUUGGCUGCCCAGCUUCUCUCUCUCACCUCACCGGAGCGUGCAGGCAGUUCUUGGUACGCACGCUUCCCCAUAUAUACCCCCUGGCCAUACAUAGAGCGAGCCACAAGCAGCCACCGAUCGGGGAGGAGAGCGCACCCGCCGAUCGCCAUUGCAAGUGGCAACGGCCACCGACGUUGCCCCGGCUUCUAAUUUGUCGCCGUCGUCGGAGUAGACAGAGAGAGGGGAGGAUCAGAGAAUGGGACGGCUCUCCUGCGGCGGCGUGCAGCCCAAGCUCCGCAAGGGGCUCUGGUCGCCCGAGGAAGACGAGAAGCUGUACAAUCACAUCAUCCGCCACGGCGUCGGGUGCUGGAGCUCCGUCCCCAAGCUCGCAGGGCUGCAGCGCUGCGGCAAGAGCUGCCGCCUGCGGUGGAUCAACUACCUCCGCCCCGACCUGAAGCGCGGCAGCUUCUCGCAGCAGGAGGAGGACCUCAUCCUCGCGCUCCACGAGAUCCUCGGGAACAGGUGGUCGCAGAUCGCGUCGCACCUGCCGGGGCGGACGGACAACGAGAUCAAGAACUUCUGGAACAGCUGCCUCAAGAAGAAGCUCCGGCAGCGCGGCAUCGACCCGAGCACGCACAAGCCCAUCGCCAACGCCGGCGCCGCGGAGGCGGGCGCGGCAUUGCCGGACGCCCGGGACCCCGGCCACAAACCCGCCGCCGGGGACUCCGACGACGGCCUCGCCCAGAAGCAGCCGGCCGUGUUCGACCCGUUCCCGCUGGCCGACUUGGGCUUCGACCUCGGCGCGGCCAGCGUGGCGGCAUUGUACUGCGGCCCAUACGACGACGGCGUCGGCAAGGCGCCCCCGGACGCCGGCGGGUUCGUCGCCGACUACAGCAGCGUGCUGGACGUGUCAGAGAACCUGGGCUACGGGGAGAGCUCCAGCAACAGCAGCAACUGGACCUGCGCCGAGAUGAGCAGCGCGGUGCUCGACAGCGAGGUGCUGCACUGGGCCUCCGGCGGCGGCGCGAAGCCGGAGCCGUACACGGAGCUGGAGCAGCAGCAGCAGCACAGCGGAGGAUACGGCGGCGGGGAGCAGGCGGUGGACGACGACGACGCGCUGGAGCACAAGUUCUCGCUGCCCUGCGGCCAGGAGCAGAGCCUGGCGCAUUUCGACUUCAACUUGGAAUACUUCUGAUCCUUUUUCCCCCGUUUGCCCUUCAUUCACAUUUGCCUCCCUGAACUAUCGAUCCAUUCCCCAACGUUUUACACACGAGGAAGAAAACGCAUUGGAAGAUUA